AUGGGGCGGAAAAAGAGGAGGGAGUUAAAGAUGGUGACGAAGUUGAAGGGAGUGACGCCGCGGGCGCAGGAGCAGCGCGGCACGGCCCCGGAGCUCGUCGCCGUGCCGGAGGCACCACGUGUUGAUGUUGAAAUGAAGGAUGGUGCAUUGGAACGCCAAAUCAUGAAAGCGCCUAAGUCAGGUGGCGUCACUGAGAAUAGCAAUGAUCAGAUUCGUGAUUCCGUGGUAGAGAUUAAGAAAAUACGGGAUUCUAUUCUUCGUAAGGAAUUCAUACUCCAAGAUGGAAGUGCUCAAUGUGAUAUGGACAUUCAUAAAAUUAAGAUGGACAUUCAGAAAAUUAAGACUGAAAAGAAGAUGACAAAAGAAGUGUUGUCAACAAUGGAGAAAUAUAAGGAACCUAGCUCAAAUAUAAUGAAAGUUGCCAAUCUAAUUUUCUCUGGCGAUGAUGGGAAAACCAAGAGCACUAAUAGAAUGGAAUUGAAAUUUAAGGAGGCACUCGCACAACGCGAUAAAUGCAUGGAGCUUAAUGAUAUCUGCUGUGAUUGCGAUUGGAUGGCCCCUAGAUACACAGUACUACCUUCACUAGCAGAUGGAAUGCAUGUCGGCGAAGUACGUUUGAAAUGCCCUGAUUUUGAGAUGAGCAUCACUGGCGAUCCUUGUCCAACCCCACAUGAUGCGAGGUGCUCUGCAGCUGCCAAUAUGAUAUUGGAGCUUGGCAAGAAGGUGGAGGACAAAGAACAUCAUGAUAACUGAUGCAAAGUUGCUAGUUGGGAACUAGCAGGUGCUGGGGCCAAUAUUACCAAAGAGUGAAAUAAAUCAACUUAGCUAUUUGUUGUUGUGAUGUAUGAACGACUUAAUGAUUUGUGUUGUGCGAGUUUGUACUG